AAUAAAAACAAAGUUUCCCAAAUUUGAUUAAAAUUUUGAACUGUGCAAAAUUUUUAGUGUGUUAAAGAUGAAUACGAUCACAGCAGUGAAGCAAUAUGUUACGAAAAUGGUUGAAGAUAGUGAAGAUGGAAUGAAAGUUUUACUUAUGGAUAAAGAAACGACUGGCAUUGUGAGUAUGGUUUAUUCACAAAGUGAGAUACUUCAAAAAGAAGUAUAUCUUUUCGAGAGAAUUGAUGCUUCUGGUCGUGAAACUAUGAAACAUCUCAAAGCAAUUACUUUUCUUCGUCCAACUAAAGAAAAUAUUGCGCAUCUUAUUAGAGAAUUAAAGUUGCCAAAAUAUGGAAAUUAUUAUAUUUAUUUUUCCAACACAGUGAAAGAGACUGACAUCAAAGCAAUGGCAGAAGCAGAUGACCAUGAAGCAGUAAAGGAAUUACAGGAGUUUUAUGCUGAUUACUUUGCUGUUAGUCCUCAUGUAGUCUCGUUGAAUCUUCCAUCAUGUUCAAGAGCUGGGGGUUCUUCAUGGGAUGUGAAAGCAUUUGAUCGAACUACUGAGGGACUUUGUGCCAUCCUUUUGUCUCUUCAAGUUCCACUCAUUCGAUAUCAUGGCUUUUCGGAACUUGCUAGAAGGCUUGCAGGAAACAUCAGGCUUGAAAUCGACAAGAAUGCCACGAUGUUUGAUUUCCGACAUCAAGAUAUUCCUCCAUUGCUAUUGAUUCUUGAUAGGCGAGAUGACCCAGUCACACCAUUACUGAAUCAAUGGACAUAUCAGGCUAUGGUGCAUGAGCUCCUUGGAAUAAACAACAACAGAAUAGAUUUAUCCAAAGUUCCAGGCAUCAGCAAGGAUCUUCAGGCUGUUGUUCUAUCCUCUGAACAGGAUGAUUUCUAUCAAAAGAAUAAAUACCUGAACUUUGGAGAGAUUGCCCAAAAUAGUAAAGAGCUUAUGGAACAAUUCCAAAAAACUGUCAAGAGUAGUCAAAAAUUGGAUUCCAUAGCUGACAUGAAAGCAUUUGUUGAGAAUUAUCCACAGUUUCGUAAGAUGUCCGGCACGGUUACAAAACAUGUUACUGUAAUAAGCGAGCUCUCGCGUCUCGUCAACGAACACUGUCUUCUUGACGUGUCAGAGUUAGAACAAGACAUAGCAGCUCAAUCGGAUCAUAAUUCUGCAUUACAAAGAAUACGUCGUUUGAUAAACAACCCAAAAGUUAGAGAUUUGGAUCUCAUGAGAACUGUACUCCUCUACGCUUUGCGUUACGAGAAAAACUCCAAUAAUGAUGUUUCAGGUCUUUUGAGUUUGCUUGCUCGACGUGGCGUCUCUGACUACCAUAGAAGGAUGGUCUCAGCUAUAAUACAAUACAGUGGCAAGAAUGUUCGUUCCAGUGACUUAUUUGGACAAAACAACACACCAAUGUCCCUCAGCCGUCGCUUGUUCAAAGGUUUGAAGGGCGUAGAAAACAUUUAUACACAACACGUACCUUUAAUACAAGAAAUUAUUGACAGUCUAAUUAAAGGAAAAUUGAAAGAAUCACAGUUUCCAUACCACGGGCCUUCACAGUUGAGAGAAAGACCUCAAGAUAUUAUCGUCUUCAUGAUUGGCGGUAUCACAUAUGAAGAGACUCUUGCAGUUCAUAACUUGAAUACAACAGUUCCUGGUGUAAGAGUCAUCAUUGCUGGCACAACAAUACAUAAUUGUAAAAGUUUUCUCGAAGAAGUGGCACAAGCAACUGGUCUAAAUGGCGAAGAAAAACGUACAAGAAGCUCACAGCGUCAUGUCCCAACAAUGUUUUGACUAUGUUGCAUAGUAUGUAGUAAUGGUAAUUCCUUAUUUCAAAUAACAAAAAAGUCAAUUGUAAAUAGUAUCAAGGCGUACAUAGAAUGAUUAUUAAUUGACUCACACGUAAUAAUUAUCUUCGUAAUGUUUGAUGUAAAUUGAUGUGAUCAUGACAAAAUAUGUACAA